AUGUGUAUAAGAGACGGGCGCUGCAUCGCGCACUCCUACAACGCGAGCGGCGCGUGCGCUCUCAGCGACAAGCUCGGCAAGACGACGCAGUCCAGCGGCGCUACUUACUACUACUCGGAAAAUUUCGUAAAACAAGCAGAUGGUCUUUUCUACAACAAAUACGAAUACACGUCGUACAUCUCCUGCGCAGCGCGCUGCUCUCACCCCGGCAUGAGGAUCCCGGUCGUCAAAACCAAGGCGUCGUUCGAUUUCAUCAAAAGCAGUGAGAAUGCUUACCCUGCAUGUAACUCACGUGACAGCGACGGCGUGUUCCGUUGGUCGGACGGCAGCGUGCUGGACCAGACGAUCUUCGGCAUCACGAGUCCGCCCAGGCAGAACAAUAACCUGAACAUAUUCGUUACUUACCAAGGAAACUUUGACGACACGUCUGCCACCGAGGUUUUUGCUUGCACAUGCCAAGGGGUCUUCAUCAACGGUAAUUAA